AACAUACAAGUAAACAGUAAACUUGGAUGUUUUGGCAACAUUCCUGUGAUGUGUUGAAUGGUAAACAUACAACCUUAUUUAUAGAGCAAACAUUUUGACGCAUUGGAUUGUGGUUUAUUUUUUAUUAUUAUUUCUUGAGAUCCUGUGAUGACAUCGCUUCGCCAAAUAUUACCAACAGGAAGUACAUUUCCACAAGAUGAAAAUGAAAGUUCCUCCUUUACAAAUCUGCUGUCUCAUUUCGAAGGCAGAGAAAAUGAGCUGCGUCGUAUACUCCAAACAGAGCAACCAAAUCUAUUUGUUGACAAACAAAUAAGGAAUGGCAUUAACUUUUCUCAGUCAGAACUAGACAGUUUAACAAAUGAAGUACUAGAUAAUGGCGAAUUUUUGCAAGAAUUUGAACAAGUCGAUAUUUCUGACAUUACAAAUCUUGGACACAGUAAUGGCGAUAUAGACGAGUUUAUUGAAACACUAGGCGCUACCUGUGAAGAAUGUAUGACGUAUGAAAAAGUUCACCGGAUUACACAGAUCAGUCCCGGAGAUCACAUUAGAUUUCAUAGAAGAAUCGUUGGUUUGAAUGUGUAUAACCACCAUGCCAUCGUUACUGACGUGGAGGCUAUACGGAAUCAAAGAGUCGGAAAAAUGACAUUGAUUCAUUUUCAGAAAGAUAUUAGACGAAAGUUUACGGUAGUACGAGAGACAAAAGAAUAUAAUAUGCAGGUGGAGGAGAUUGACGUUGUGCGGUAUAAGUCGAGUCCAUUUACACCUGAACAGAUUGUGGACAGGGCAAACAAAAUGGCCGACAAAUUUGAACAGGAGAAACAUGCUGAAUCUUACAAUUUCUUUGGGAAUAAUUGCGAAGAAAAAUCAAAUGAAAUUGCGAUUGGUUCAAAAUUUAGUAAUCAAGUAUCGUCAAGUGCGAAUUACGUGAAAUCUACAAUUUCAUGGUUAUUAAAGCUAUUGCUUAAAGGUGCAAUAAAAGUUUGCCAAAGUAUAAAACCAUUUAUAAGAGGGUUUGCUCAUAUAUCUGUUAUAGCUAGUUUGCUUUCCAUGGUUGAUAGAAUGGCAAUGUUAAAGGACAAGUUACAGAAAGGGUUGAUGUGUUUAAAAUGCUACGAAAAGGAACACAGAAAAAUGACGAUAUCACUCAUAUUUUGUUUAAUAAGUAUCGGUAUAUCAGUGAUGUUCCACGUUUCCUGGUUCUAUUUCGCUGUAAGUUCGGCUAUUGCUGUUGCUUUACCGUUUGUUUCUUCAUUUGUUAUGGACACAAUUAUGCCCCUGAUACAACCAGCCUCAAAGAUUCCAAAACCAGUGGUGAAACGAUGUAAUAUGAUUCACAAUGGAGAUGUGAUUACCUUCCCUUAUAUUGGUCUUAAUCAUGAAGGUGUUGCAACAAGAGUUUCCCCUUACAAUACGAACGAUUUACACGAAGUAAAAUUAACGCUUGUGCAUUUUAACUAUCCAGGUUUCUUUGGCACUCGAACUGUUGUCAAAGAAGAUUUUUUCUUUGAUUUGAAAAAAGAUUAUGUUUACGUGUACGAUUUCAGCCAGGAAAAAACCUUUCGGCCACAAGAGGUAGUUAAGAGAGCCUUAGACAGAUGUGGGGAUCAGAACUUCUCUACUUUUUCUUACAGAUCUAGUCAUCUGUCUAGACAAUGCAAGACUGGGAAAACUGAGCUAAAGACAUUGCCAUAUAAGAAAGCUACAGAGAUAACAAAUAUUUCCCCUGGAGAUGUUAUUGAUUUCACGUAUUGUAGCCUGUCUCACGAAGCCGUAGUUGCCAAGGUAGAAUAUCCAGAAACCAUUAAAUGUUCGGUGGUACAUUACAACUAUGCUGGCGUUCUUGGAACUAGGACCAUAGUAGAGGAAGAUUUCAUUUUCAAACUUGCAGAUCAAAACAUAUUUGUUCACGAUUAUACCGAAUGUGAUGUCUACCCACCAGAAGAAGUAGUUAGAAGAGCUAAAUCACGACUCGGUGAACAAAAGUUCAACACUUUUACAAACAGGUCAAGUCAUUUUGCUGAAUGGUGUAAAAUUAAAAAAUUAAAGAAUGAAUAGUUAUUUGCAAACAUUUACCUGAACAAAAUUUGACAUUUUAGAUGUUUGAUAAUGAAAUAUAAUCAGCGUUUAUGUGUUAUACAGCUUUCAAUCUAUAAAGUUUAAUAGUUGGG